CCCGGCGUCGUCUGCUAGCCGUGAACCGGCGGCAAAGUGGCUUGUUGUUGUGGUGGUUUCAUUCCAUUCCGUUCUUUGAAAUGGAUUUUGGUGGCCUGGUUAGGAAAUUUGCAUUGUUUGCUGUGCUGUGCUGUGUUCGAAAUUGGGUGUGUGGAGAAAUUGUAAUUGAUACGCAUGAAAGAUUGUGUGAAGUUAGUAAGAACUUUCUAAGUGUAGCUGUUGAUACAAAUUUUAUUUUCAAACAUGAUUUGACCAAAUUUUUGGGGAGUGCAACUUUUAUGAACAUCUUGAGUGGCUUAAGACCGGCUUAUCUGCGAAUUGGGGGUACCGCUGCUGAUACCGUCAUUUUUGAUGAAACUUUUACUGAUGACAUUCCUCCAAAUAGUGAUGGUGAUGACCUCUCCCUCAUGGCGAAUUUGAGUUGGAACGUUGAAGAAGAUAGCUGCAUCAGUAGAAGUUGGCCAGAUUUGUAUUUAUCUGGUGAUAGAUGGUUAGCAAUAAAUGCUAUAGCUUCUAAGGCAAAAUUAAAUCUUUUGUUCGAUUUGAAUGUUCUUCUUCGAAAGACAUCUGGAGAAUGGAACUCAACAAAUGCUCAAAAGUUGAUUGAAUUUUCUCAGGAAAAUAAUCUUUUAUUGGACUGGCAACUUGGAAAUGAACCAAACUCAUUUUGCCAUGUAUUUGGAAAGCAAGUGCCACCCAGGCAAUUGGCCAAAGACUUCAAAACCUUGUCGAGGAUUCUUUCUAAAUUUCCUCAUUACCAUAAAUCUAAGCUUGUCGGACCUGACAUCACUGCUCCAAGGGGUCCCAAGAAGCGGCAGGCUGCAACUCUUCGUUACCUCGACAGAUUCAUGGCAAAAGCUGGCAAUACCAUCUCUGCAGCAUCAUGGCAUCAGUAUUACUUUAGUGGGAGGAAUGCAACAGUAGAAGAGUUUAUAAAACCAUCAAUGCUUGAUGUGCUGAAAAGAGAAAUUCUAGAUGUAAAGGCUGUGGUCAUCAAUAACACUGAUGCUUUUUUCCCAGUGUGGUUGACUGAAACUGCAUCUGCGUUUGGUGGUGGGUCCCCUCACCUGUCAAAUCGUUUUGUCAGUGGAUUUAUGUGGUUGGACAAAUUAGGAAUGGCUGCCUCACAGAAUGUUUCUGUUGUCAUCAGACAGUCGUUCAUUGGGGGAAAUUAUGGACUUAUUCAUACCAAAAGCUUUGAUCCAACACCAAACUAUUGGAUUGCUUAUUUAUACAAAAAGAUUGUUGGUAAAACUGUUCUCAAAGUGAAAACAACAAGUGGCUCCUUAAUACGAUUGUAUGCCCAUUGCUACAAGAAGCACAAGAAGGCUGAUUCUAGAAAAAACUCAAUAGUAAUAUUUGGGAUGAAUUUAGGACACUCAAACUUCAAGGAUGUUAUAUCAAAACAAGGCAGCUUGAAGAAAUUUCACAUUGAGAAGUACAUACUAACUGGUGCAAAUGACCAGCUUACUUCUAGGGACAUUUGUCUCAACGGAGAAGUCAUCAAAAUGUCACCCGCUGCACAGCUUCCCGCUCUUAGGCCCCGACGCGAGACGACCAACACAAUAGAACUUCCCCCGCACUCAAUGGCGUUCUAUGUCAUCCGUGGCUUCCCAGCAUCAGCCUGUAGCUAAAUUGAAUAGUUCGAAAUAAACCGUCAUCGCAGAUUA